AACAAAAAACCCUGAACUUCAAAAGGGCCACAAAUCAAGCCUAAUCAAAGGGGUGUGAGAGGGAGAGAGAGAGAGAGAGAGAGAGAGAGAGAGAGAGAGAGAGUGGGGAGGAAAAAAAAAUAUAAUUCCUGACAUGAGUUCCUACGUAGCCAAUUCGUUUUAUAAGCAAAAUCAAAAUGUUCCUGCCUAUUCCAUGCAAAGUUAUGGGAAUUAUGGAUCUGUGUCUGAGGUUCAGCCUUCCAGGUAUUGCUACAGUGGGCUGGAUCUGAGCAUUACAUUCCCUUCAUCUGGGGCUUCCAACUCUCUGAACGGUGUGGACAUGUCUUCAACCCCCAGACCUAACCCCGACCGACCUUCCUGUACAGUCAUGGGAUCUGCAGGGCACACUUUAGGCAGAGACGACCAGACCUCUCUAAACCCAGGAAUUUACAGUCAGAAAGCUUGUGGCACCACCACAGCCACCAGCAGCAACAACAACAGUACGCCGUUGGAAGAUAGAUCUAAGAGCAGUGGGGAAAUCAAGAGUGAACCGGUGCAAACAGCUCAGCAAAGCGGGCAGUCCAUGCACCAACAGCAGCACCACCAGCAACAGCAGCAGCAGCAGCAGCAGCAGCCACCACAAAUUUAUCCGUGGAUGACCAAACUACACAUGAGCCACGGUAAACUUUCGCUUCUCGAUUUUGUUUCACAGGAUUUGCCUUGGUUUUAUAGGCCAUACGGGGCAAAUAAUAAGGGGGAAAAAACCUGGGGUCGUAAAUUUUACGACUAAGGCAUCAAUUGCUCGUAAAACUGUCCACUAAAAGGCUUAGAGGCGAUAUACGCCCAAAUUUAUGACGGCAUAAUUGGAUCAUAGAAACAAAACGGGUAUAAAGGCAAUAUUCCAUUUUUUUGUUGGGGGGGAAAGAAGGGAAGAAUUUUUUUAAGGGGGAGAAAUAACUUGGAAAGGCUCGCGUUCUUUAAGAGGAAGGAGAGAGGGGCUUAGGAGUUUUUUCAGACCUUACCACAUCAUUCCAUAAAGUCAGAAGUUUUGCCUCUUUCCUAACCUAGGGAAAUGGGCGACUUGAUCUAUUCCCCCCCGCCUUCUUAUAGAUACACUUCUUCGUGGUUUAAAGGGAGAACACUUCAUUAGGGACUAACCUUAGCUUGAACCCAAAACUUUAAUGAGAAAGUGUUGGAAAAUGCCCCUCCUCUAUUAAAUAUAUUAAAAAUGUAUUCUGGGUAGAACCAAGAAAUCUCUCUCGCCCCCCCCUUUAAUACCUUUUCCUUUCCUAUUCCCUUCUUUUUCUUCUUUUUCUAUUAUUAUUAUUAUUAUUAUUAUUAUUAUUAUUUUAGCGGUUUUUUUAUCCGAUGUCUUUUGUCUUCCAGAAGCAGAUGGCAAACGUUCCAGAACCAGCUACACUCGCUACCAAACUCUGGAACUAGAGAAAGAAUUUCAUUUUAACAGAUAUCUCACCCGCCGGAGGCGCAUAGAGAUCGCCAACAACCUAUGUUUGAAUGAGAGGCAAAUCAAAAUAUGGUUUCAAAACCGGAGGAUGAAAUGGAAGAAAGAUUCCAAAUUGAAAAGCAAAGAGUCUCUCUAGGUAGAAAUCCGGGCCAAGGGUUGGGCGGGGAGAGUCAGUUCACAUUGACAAGAGUUGCUG